CCACCUUAGUCCUGAUUAUCUACUACGCUUUAAUCUUUUAAUUCUACAUGUGAUUUCAGAAACUUUCAGUUGUCCUGUAAAUACAGUUAAGUGCCCAGGCAGUUAUUGUAUUGAACAACGAUUUCUGUGUGAUGGUCACUCUGAAUGUCCUAGAGGAGAGGAUGAAAAAGAUUGUACUUGUAUAGACUCGGAAAGAGAAGUAAUUUUAUUUGUUGAAGAGGAUAACUCUGAGACCAGAGAAACAGCAAUGCAUUUAGCCAAACAAUUCAUUACAAGCACUGAGAAAAGUAUCGUAAAAUUGUUUUAUUUUAAGAGUUUGCCCAGACCAAUGGAUUUUAACAUUACAUACAGGUUGAUUAGAAUAAGAGAAGAACAUGUAAAUCAGGAAUGGGAAAGUAAAUGCAAGUACAAAACAAUGGCAAGAGACUUUCUUAAAAAUCUGCAGUUUUCAAAAGCAGGAAAAAGAGGGAUUAUUGUGUUUGAGAAUAGUAAUGAAUCAUCAAUUGUUGCCAACCUAGUAUUGUCCAAUCUUUCAGAGCCAGCGUUUUCAAUUUAUCGCGUGAUAAAAGAUUUCAAUUCUUCACUUUAUAAACAUAACGUAUACAAAUUUGUAAAAGAUGUUCACAUCAGUAAAUGGAGUUCACUAUUUUCGACUGGAUUUAGACGAUUUCCAGAAAUAUGUAAAGAGGCUUCAUACGUACCAUGUGCUGGAAUGUUCAGAUGUUCUUCUAGCAAGCAAUGUUUACCACUUGAGCAAGUAUGUGAUGAUGUAAUACAUUGCAGAAAUGGUGAUGAUGAACGGCUUUGUGAUUCUGUGUGUCCUAGUCAAUGUUCUUGCAUUGCUGACGUUAUCAAUUGUAAGGCGGCCAACAUUUCCAUGUCUGAAAUUUCGCCACCAUUGUCAAUGUCAAUGCAAACUAGGAGUGCUGAUAUAAGUAAAAAUCCAAAGAUAAAAAAAAUACUCAGAAAAAAUUUAGGUUUUCCUUACAUGUUACGACUUAAUAUGUCGUCGUGUGACAUUUAUGACAUUGAUGAAAAGGCCUUUUUUGAUUUGAAAAAUCUAUUAUCACUUGAUCUAAGCAACAAUAGGAUCAAGUCGUUACCCGAUAAAGUAUUUAGCAAGCUUCGUAAUCUAGCAUACCUGAAUCUUGAUGGAAACAACGAACUGACAGAGAUUUCACCGACAGCUUUUAAAGGUUUAAAAGCGAUAAGAAGUUUGAAGAUUUCAGGCACAAACUUAAAAAAGAUUAGCUCACAAACGUUUUCUGGCUUACAGUUGGACUCAAUAGAUAUCUCGUACAACAAAAUUGAGGAAAUUGAAGAUUAUGCCUUUAACAAUUCUUUAGUGCAUAAAAUUAAUUUUGAAGGCAAUAAAGUGAUAAAAUUCGGAAAAUUUAUGUUUAACGGCGUUUCAUCACUUCGGGAGCUUCGAACGCCUGCAUUUAAAUUCUGUUGCAUCCGCCCUUGUUAUGUUUCUGAAGAAGAUUGCAAGCCAUUAAAGAAUGAAUUUUCUUCAUGUGAAGAUCUGAUGAGAAAUUCUGUCCUUCAAGCAGUUCUUUGGAUAGUAGGGGUAGCUUCAUUGUGCGGAAAUCUUUCAUCAAUCAUAUACCGUCUUGUCUAUGAUCGUGAAAGGCUAAAAAUAGGUUACGGAAUAUUUGUAACUAAUCUUGCAUUUGCCGAUUUUCUGAUGGGUGUAUACUUAAUUACGAUAGCAGUGGCUGAUUCACUUUACAGAAACAGAUACAUAUUUAUGGAUGAUCAAUGGAGAAACAGCAACUGGUGUGUUUCUGCUGGGGUUCUUUCUACAAUUUCAUCUGAAGCAAGCGUUUUCUUUCUUUGUUUGAUAACAUUGGACAGACUUUUAGUUAUCAAGUUUCCAUUUGGAACAGUAAGGUUUGGUCCUAUGAAGGCGUACAUUUGCUGCGGAAUUUGCUGGCUAAUUUCCAUAAUCCUAUCCAUCAUUCCAGUUUUUUACACAAGUCACUUCCAAAACAAAUUCUACGCUAAAACAGGAGUAUGCAUUGCAUUGCCUCUAACUAGAGAUAAACCCCCAGGUUGGAUUUAUUCUGUGUCAAUUUUCGUUGGCUUGAAUUUCUGCACUUUUAUUCUUGUCGCUGCGGGACAAAUUUCCAUAUUUUCAGAACUUCGACGAGCAACAUCAAGUAUGCAGAAGACACAGAAAUCUAGGAAACGUGAUUUGAAAGUUGCGAGGAAUCUUAUCCUCGUCGCAACGACUGACUUCCUAUGUUGGUUUCCGAUAGGAGUGAUGGGUAUUUUGGCAUUGAAUGGAUUUCCGAUUCCAGGGGAUGUUUAUGCAUGGUCAGCCGUUUUUAUAUUACCUAUUAACUCUGCCCUAAAUCCGUUUUUGUAUACAGUGACAGCAAUAAUAGGGAAGAAGAGUUUUAACCCAAGCCUUGAUGAGCAAAGUAGAACGGUGGUCCAGAGAGAAAUUGGCACCGCUAUUCUAGAAUACCAGGAAUUUAGUAGCUCCGUGAGGAUGAAACGUGAACUUGUACCAGUUGGGACGAUGCGCAGUAUACAAGAACUUCUUGAUGACAAGAGAUGUUUGUCUGUUAAUAUCGUUACAACUGUAUCCAAACAACUUGCCGAUUAUCUGCGCCUAUUACAUGAGUCGUUCCUUGUCAUUGACCAGAUAAACGAGACAAACAUUUACAUUAAAGUUGAUAAAACAAAGGUACUCAUUUACCUAUUCUAUACUUAUAUAAAAACUCUAUAUGAGGAAUAUCAAUUGUGCAAAAAUCAUUAUAUGAAAUAAACUGCUUUCUGUGGU